GCUCUAUUUCAGGAAAGAUGAACAUGCUGGUCUGGGGAAAACGGUGCUGGUUCUGCCACCCGCAGUCUACUUUGCCACUAGCAAACACUCUGCAUGCGGUGCUGAGCACGACACUGGAGACAGUUCCAGAUCACGCCCACUUUGUGUGUAAAGACUUAGAGAGUGCUGUCCAACUGGCUGCACAGCCCCCGCUCGCUGGCCUGAUCGAGACCAUCUGGGUUAUUGGUGGAUCGCAGGUCUAUGAGGUAAGGUAGUUUGAGCAUCUGAUUGACGCUUUUUGAAAGAUAUGGCAAAGAGCCGAGC